GAAAUGUGCAAAUUUUGAUUUAGAUUGCUUAUACUAUGCUUUUAUAAUAUUAUUUAUACACCAUUUCAAAUUAAUAAACAUUAAUCAUAAUAUUACAGCAGUUAACCUUGAUUUAGCAAAAGAUUCUUAAAAUAUGCCCAAAACCAAUAACUCUGGAGAUGAUAAGGUCGAGCCGGUUGGGCGUAGUACCAAAGGUAUUCUUCGAUAUGAAUUAUCAAACAGAUCCUUUAUUGAGAAAGGUUGGACUAUGCUGCCAACGGAAAAAGUCGUUCGAAAGAUGAAUGUGUAUCGCAUGAGACCAGCACAUCCCGAGUUUGAUUGGUUUGAACAUAAUAAAAAUAAACGGCUUAUGACCUAUGAUAGUGGAGAAAAAUUAGCAGAAUUUGACGAUAAUGGCCGAGGACGCUGGUUUUAUCGAAACGGAAGAAUUGCACUUGACUACUAUGAUGCUGAAGAAACACAUGCACAACAGCGGUUUGUUAUUUAUGGUAGUGGUGAGCCUGACGAACGUGGUCGAUCACGCCCUGCAUCAAUUCUGGCCACUUUCGACUAUUUAGGAAGUGGUAUCGUAUUUGAUCAUAGUGGAAAAAUAAGGUUAAAAUACAAUCAAACUGAAGGUGUGGUCUUAGAUCGUAGCUUAGGACCCGCUACGCAUUGGAAAUGGCAUACUCUAAACGACCCUCCCGUCUUACAGCAAGUUAUGAUUGAUACACAGUUAGCUCACAAGGACCCCAAUAUAAUGAGAAUGGGAGGUCCAGCUGAUAAUAGACACAAAGAAGAUAAUGAAGAAAUGCUAGCAAUUGAGUUCGACAAUUUUAUAAAAGAAAAGAGUAAAAAGUUGUCACAAAAAUUCAAGCCUUUUCAGAUAAAGAUGAAAGCGCUUAGAAUUAAUGAGAAUUUCUCUUUGAAAGUAUUGGAUCAAGCUACUAUAUACUUAAUUUUUCGUGACGGCUCAACAAAUUUAAAAAUGAACAUUGGAAUGAUCUUGGAUCAUAAAGAGAUUGUCGACACAGAUACAGCUGAAGUAGGGGACGUUUCGAACAGCUUGUUAAGAUAUCCAGCUCGAACAGAAAGUUUGGCAACUCUACAGCGCAGUGUCGCGCAUGCUCAGAGUGUAGACAGAGCUCGAUUAGAACGCGAACACCGCAUCCGACCAUCAAUAAAGCGCGCUAGUGUUGAUAAGCUUAAUGAGGCGGCAUCUAGACCACUAAGACCACCUUUUCGCACUGUUUCUUCAGUUAAUACAACAACCACGGAAUGUCCUUGUACUAAAAAAAUCAGAAAACCUACUUCAUAUGUUUAUUAUGACACCGGCCUAGUGUAAUUUAGAAUUAUUUCUUUUUAAUAAAUUUAUUUGAUUAUAAAUUA